ACCCUUAGCCUCAUUGUGGGCUGGAUACAUUUGAUAUUUGCCUUUAUCAUGACCAUUGUGUUUUUAAUCUAUCUGUGUACAUUCGACAAUGAGACCUAUGAUGACACAAUCGUAGGAGUGGAAGUCAGCCGAACUGGACUGCCCACUGUAGUUUUCCUUUUCCUAUUUUGUCUGCUCAGUUUAAUUUUUGACAUUUUACUUUUGAAGGGUAUUUCGGAGGAGCGCCAUAAAUUAAUGAAACCAUUUGUCGUUGGUAAUUACGUGGCUUUGGGCAUGCAAUUAUGUCUGACCAUUUUCAAUGUACUCAAGGAUAUCAUAGAGGGAUCCACAUUCGGUGAUGUCAUGAUACAUUUAAUCCUCAAUUGUGUUUCUUUGGGUAUUAUGGCAUUUUUCUUCUAUCCCAUCUAUCAAGUUUACCAUCAAAUUCGUUGCUACAAUGAAGAAAGAGAACAUCGAGGUAUACAGAACAUAGAGAGCAAUGCAGCGGCUGAACAAAAGUUAACCGAGGAUCAAACCCAGGGAAUGUAUGUAAAUUAAACUAACACUCCAGCAGAAAAAUAAAAUGAAGAUACAAUAAACUGCUAAAAUGGCAACUAAACCAAAAGGCAAUUGAAAAGUACUAAAAGAAAUCAAACUCAGGUUCAGUGAGGUCAACUAGAAAAACCCAAAAUCAUGUUGAUGAUUAAU